AACGGAGACUUGGCAUUGUUUAUUGCCGUAUGGAAUGCCCAACCAAGCACAAUGACAUCCAUAAAAAAGUCUCCACAAAUUCAAAUUCUAAAGGGAUAGACAGCCGAGAUAACUUUACCUGCACACAUUCACAUACAAACUCCUUACUCCAUCCAAUCCCAAACACCACUUCACUCUCUCCACCACACACACUUCAAGCUAAACUAAACUAUCAUGCUCGGUAGAGGCACAGGCAUGGGCGGUGGAAGCGGAGGAGGCAGCGUGUUAAGGGUCUUUGGUCGUGCUGUUGCUAGGGCUGGUGUUACCAAUCUUCAGGAACCCAUCUCUACUACCAACUCAUCAUCUCCUAACACUAGUACCACUACUACUGUUACUUCACCCAGGGGAACCCGAAAGGUUAUCUCCCCUAAUAAUUUGACUCUUUCUUCUUCUGGCUCCGCUCUCAGUCUUCCAAUACCCGCUGAUUCUGGUGGACCAGGUCCCACUUCCUGGUCUCCUUUUUCUGUCUCCCACUGUGAUGAUUACGACUGGGUUUCUGUUGAUGACGGGAGUGACGAGGAGAGGCCUGUUGGGUUUGAUGAUGAUUUUGUUUUUGGUCCUGUUCCUUCCAUUGACGAAGUUCAUGAAGCCGUCACUGCCCUUACCCAUGUAUUUGAUGCCCCCUCGCAUUCCCAACUCAUUAGAGAUAAAUUUUCAUGCACUGUGGACAAGGAUUUAGCUUAUCAAAUUUCAGGCCCAACUUUGCUGAACCGAGUUUCUUCAGUUGGGUCAGAGUUAGAUUGGAAGGAGCCUUCUCCUGUUCCGUGUGAUCCAAGAGCACUGCUCUGUUAUGGAUCUCAGAGAGUUCAUGAAGCUUUCCGUUUGUUGCAGACAGAGUCAUCUGUUCAGAAAAUGGUUGUCUCAUUAUCUUCUGAUAAAGCUGUUUGGGAUGCUGUUUUGAAUAAUGCUGCCGUUCGGGAGCUGCGGGAAACCUACUAUGCAGAUGAAAACACUGAUCCACCAACUUCUGAGAGCUUGGCCGAGACUGGCGAAGAAUCCAAUCCAGCUUUGAAUUUUGUCAAGUGGAUAUUUGAUAACACAAGAGCGAGAGCCAUGGAAAUAUUUGAGACAAUAACAAAACUGGUGAACGAGUUUUUUAAGCCACCAGCUGGUGAGAAGACGUCAGCAGGCACCAAGGAUCCAUUUGAGGACAAGCUGAGAAGCUCAUUCCUGCUUUCCAUAAUGGUCCUGCUGAUUGUAGUUGUGACUCGAGCCCAGAAGGCAUGACCAUAAUUUGACGACAUGACAAGUAGUAUUCUCCCCGUGGUGUUGUGGAAGGUCCUGAUUGGGUUGCAUAACUCGAGUCCUUUAGCUCAAUUCAUUCUUGUGGAUUUGGCAGUAUAUGUAUAUCCUUAUGUAAUGAAUUAUACAGUUAUUUGCUAAGAGAGUUACUCCCAGUAGACUUGAAUCCUCUUGGCAGGUCAUGUGUACAUAUUUUGGAUUUGUGAAACUUAAAGCUGGUUUUGUUAAGCAACCAUAGCUUGUCAAGUGGGUUGGUGUUGCCAGAUUCAUGUUUCGUUGAAUCGAUGUUUGUGUUUUCAUUA